AUGAUUCCCUCGGCGCUGCAGCCGCAGAUGCUACUUGGCUCGCCAAGAAAUCUCUACGAGCAUCUCCACUCUCUAAUCAACAAUGAUCCAUCGAUCGAGAAUUUGACGUCGAUUAAUUCGUGCCUCCUUACUCAGAUACACAAAGAGGCGGUUCCUCCUGCCAUUUUCAAGAUCUGGCUAUUCCUAAUUUACCCACAUUGUCCGCAUCUUGUUUCCGAUGCACUCCGAGAUACAUCUAGUGGAGUUCGCAAAGCCGGCGUCGCUGUUGCUGCAGCUCGGUUUUUCCGCGGGUCUGAUUGGAAAGAGAAUGGAUGGGAUCUGCUCGGUGGAGCGAAAGGAAUCAAAGAUAUCCUUGAUACAUUACCUCUUACAGAGGUGCGCCUUCUACUGAAAGCCAUUUCUCGCCAUGUUGGCUCCGCUGCCAAUAGACAACUCGCAAUGGAAUGCAUAGAAGAACUCAUAGACCUAGUCGAAAAAUCCGAUGACUGGACGAUGAGACCACUCAAGGAUCAAGUGGCUUUUCUCUAUGGAUACUGUACCAAGGAGAGACUGGCGACAUUUUUGAGCUCUUCACCUUGGUCGCGGAAUACCUGCGCCGUGCUUCAUAGCGCAAGUCUCUUACAUACUUCAAUCUUGCGGGAGAUUGCAGUCGGUGCACUGCAAGUACCAUCAGAUGUGCGCCGGGGUGUAUUGGAUUUCUGUUGGCAGUCGUUAUUGUACUCGGAAGAAGCAUACAUCUCGACCACAGACGACCAAUCGGCAUCAGUGCUGCCUCCAGGGCUGGCCUUCGGCUUGGAUCUGCUAAUUACUAUGAGUCGAGAACCAAAACUUCAAAACGGAAAUCAGGUCUACUGUUGGAUUAAGUGGAUAGUCGGCCUGGCGAUUCGGAAAAGGCCUCCACCCCGAUCAUUAUUCCUGAUUCUUCACACGGCCUUGUCACUGUGUCGAUCAACAGAGUUCCAAAAUUGGCUAAGAAAAUCCAUUUUCAAUGAUAUCGUUGCGCUCUGGUCAACUGCCCGCUUUGGGGAUGUUGGGACCUUCUCGCAAGUUGGUCUGGCUUCCAAAGUUUUGAAGAAAAAAUGCUCUCGGAACUUGCCAGGGUACUGCUCAUCUUUCGAGCAGAUCUUGAUACAGGAUGAGCUUCAAAUUGAGAGUGAAGAGCUCCCAACCAAUCCAAAAAUUGGGUCCUUUUUCCCAACUCUGGUCACACUAGUGACCAUUGUAAAGCGUGAGGGAAGGUUUGAAUUCCUUAAGCUUUUAUGCCAACACUCGCCUACUCUGGCAUUUGACAUCACAAGCUUCCCCUCAUCAGAGAAGGAGAAAGAACUCAUUCCCAUAUGGAGCUAUGAUCUUCUGCAUACACUUCCUCUCCAGUCUUCGAGGCUACUUUUCGAUCGAUCACUUUAUCCCCGAGAAGGCGAGUUCAUUCUAGAUACCGAUUUUCUAUCGUGGGGGAAUCAAUGUAACCUCUGGGCGUACUGGGAAGCAGCGUGUGAUAAACGUCAUGAAGACUUUCCUGUGACCCGAAAAGGUAAGACAUAA